AUGAAAUUGAACGCUGAAAGCAUUUCAAAAAAAUAUGAAUUAGAAUUAUUAUCGCAUAUAAUUUUAAACUAUGGCUUUAAAAAUGUAGCAAUUCAGCUAGCUGAUUAUAUGCUAAAUGAUUCUCUUUUUAUUUCAAAUACAAUAAAAAAUAUUCUUUUAAAUUCACAGAAUGAUCGAGUAUCCAAAGAUAGCAACCUAAGGGUGGGAAACAAAAAUGGAGAGACUGGAAAAGAUGAAAAGUCUGAAAAAAAUUUUGAGCAAAAGUUUGAACAAAAUUGUUGCUCUGGUAAUUGUAAUAAAAAUAAAACAAUUUGUGAUAUUUCAAUUAACAAGGAAACAAAUAAUAUUGACCAAGUUAAUCUAUACAUAUUAGGUGACACAACAUUAAAUGAAUGUUGUGAAGAUUAUGUAUGUUCAGAUCAUGUUCAUGCAGAUUUUUUAGUUCAUUAUGGGAUAUCUUGCCAAUCAUUUAUUACACCAUAUAUUCCUUCUAUUAAUAUAUUUAACAAAAUAAAUAUCGAAGGACAUUUUUUAAAAAACAUUAAUGAAUUUAUAAGUAAAAAAAACAUUUUAGAGGAAAAUAAAAUAUCUAUUAUAUUAACUGAUGUUUCAUAUAUAAAUUAUAUGAAGCAACUAGUUAUAUGUUUUUGUGAUAAAAAUAAAAUGAGUUUUUUAUGUGACGAAAAAAAACAAAAAAUAUUUUAUGAAAUUGAUAAUAAAAUAAUAUCGAGUAAAAAUAUUUAUGACCAAAAUAUAUUGGUUAGUGAAAAAAAGGAGGGAAACAAUUCAGUAAAUAACACAUGUACAAGUAGCAACAGCAUAAUUGAUGAUAAUACAUUUACUAGUUCUGAUUUACAGUUUACUAAUAUAAUAAUUGGAAUGCAUAGAAUUGCUAAUAAUAUGAACGGAAAUGUAUAUUAUGGAUAUUGGGAUGCAUAUGUCGAAUUUAAAAUUGAUGAUAAUAUUUUUGAUAAAUAUAAAUUUAUGUGUGGUAGACUUUUAUUUAAGGUUUUUUAUAAUACCAAGGAAAAAACAUUUGUUUAUAAAAUCGUGAAAAAAAAACAUAUUGAAUGUAAACUGGAGAAUGAAGAGGAAUGCACACUGAAUAAUAAAUGUGCAAACAUUUAUCUUUUUGCAGGAAAAGAAAAAGAUUUUACAAAUCGAGUUAUUCUAGAAUAUGGUAGUUAUUAUGAUAUAUAUAGUUACAAUGAUGUAACGAUAUUUAGUAAUGAAAACAACAAAAUAAAUAAAUUGCUAUUAAAAAGAUAUAAUUUGAUAGAAAUUUGUAAAAAAGUUAAUACAUUUGGAAUAAUUAUAGGUAAUGUAAAUUUAUGUAAAAAUAAAGAAUUAAGAUUAUUAAUAAAUUAUAUAUUACGAAAAAAUGGGAAAAAAUGUUUUACUAUUGUAACUAAUAAAUUAAACAGUGCUAAACUUGAAAACUUUUAUGAUAUUGAAAUGUAUAUAUUAUUAACAUGUUCAGAAAAUAGUUUAUUAGAAUUAAAAGACUUUUCAAAAAAAAUUAUUAACCCAUAUGAAUUUUUCGUUGCUUAUAAUUAUCUUGAGUGGAAUUGUAAUUAUUUGUUCGACUUUUACGAUUUAUUAAAUGCAAAAGAAAUAAAAAAAGAGUAUAUAUCAAGUUUGAGAAAGGAUAAAUAUUUUACAUGGGAUAUAAAUUCUGAACAGUUGUGCAUAAAAAAUGAAAAUAAUAAUGAACAGCAAGAAUUAUUGUUGAAAAAAUAUGACCAUCUUAUAGAUCAUAAUUCAACAAUUUCUGUGCAAGAUCAACAAAAAUUCAUAACGCGAUUUCAGGAAAAUUCAUCUAUGUGUCAGUAUUUUAUGGAAACAAUAAAAGAAAAUGAAAAAAGGGAAUUUAAAGGGGUAGACAUUAAUUAUAACACAGAAGAAAUACCAAUUGCUGUUCAGGGGCUAGAUGGUAUAGCACAAAGAUAUGACUCUGAUCUUAAAUUUUCGAAAUAA